UUUUCAUUCAAAAAAAUGGAUGUCAAGGCCAGGGAUUGUGUUCACCAAAUUAAUGAAGAUGAUCAUACGGAGUUGAGAAGAGGGCCUUGGACGGUGGAAGAAGACUUCAAGCUCAUUGAAUACAUUGCCACACACGGAGAAGGUCGGUGGAACUCUCUUGCUCGUUGCGCUGGUCUCAAAAGGACCGGAAAAAGUUGCCGAUUGAGGUGGUUGAAUUAUCUCCGACCAGACGUUCGACGAGGGAACAUCACUCUUGAAGAGCAGCUCUUGAUUCUUGAGCUUCACUCUCGUUGGGGAAACAGAUGGUCCAAAAUCGCCCAACAUUUGCCUGGAAGAACCGAUAAUGAGAUCAAGAACUAUUGGAGAACUCGUGUCCAGAAACAUGCUAAGCAACUCAAGUGUGACGUGAACAGCAAGCAAUUCAAGGACACCAUGCGUUACCUUUGGAUGCCUAGGUUAGUCGAAAGAAUUCAAGCUGCCGCCGCCGCAGCCUCUGCCUCCACCACCACCGACGUCCCCGCCACAUCCACCACCACCUCGACUUCCGUAUUCGGCGAUGACCAGCUUGGGGGAGCACAACAAGUGACCUCAUCAAGUUACGCCCUAGAGAAUUCGAGCACCACCGUAGCCUCAUCGGACUCUUUCGGGACACAAGUUUCACAAUUUUCCGAUUUCUCCGAUCAUUACACCACCAACAACAACAUCUCCAUUAACUACCCUACACAAGAGUUGUCUGAUAAUUACUACAACCAUGGCAUGGAUGUUCAAUCCUUGGAGCAAUUCAACCCUUGGCUAGACAAUCUCUUCAACGCUGAGGAUUUUUACUUCUUACAACAGCAACUCAAUUUCAACAUGUGAGAAAAUAUCUUCAAAUACACUAAUAAAAAUGGAGAAAAAAAAAGAAAAAUAGAAUAAUAAUAAUAAUUUAGAACACACGUAGAAUUAGAGUCUAAUUGUGGAUGAACACUUGAUUAGUUUGUAUUUUGUUGCUUUGGAUUUUUUAUUUGGGAGGGGGAGAUAACUUAAUUGUAAUGCUUUUUUUUAAUUUAAUCCUAUUCAUUGAUAUUGACAU